CAAAUGUGUGUGUGGGGGUGGAGAGCACGCAGGAGGAAGAAAGUGCCUGUUGUUGUACUUUAACCAUCGUGAUAACCAGAUCAAUAAGAGAGAAACUGGCAGGCUGUUGCCAGAAGGAUGGAUGGACACGAGCUCCUUUCCCCAGGGUCACAGAGAAGGGCAGUCGACAGGAGCUUGCAGCCUCCAGUCCGAAGAGCAGGAAGCCUGUCCAAUCCCAGGAGGUUUAAUGGCCAGGACUACGAGUCCCUGCGGAGGAGCUGCCUGCAGAGCCGCGGCUUGUUUGAGGACCUCAGCUUCCCCGCUGACUGGACAUCCAUAGGGGACAGCAAGGUGAAAGCUGUGCAGUGGAGGAGACCCCAUCAAAUCCAUCGGAACCCCCAGUUUUUUGUGAAAGGAGUCAGUCGAUUUGAUCUGUGCCAAGGCAGUGCAGUGGGAAACUGCUGGUUUCUGGCUGCAUUAUCCUCCCUGACAAUGCAACAAGAGCUUUUUGCUCAUGUCGUGCCACCUAAUCAAGACUUUCAAAGAAAUUAUUGCGGCAUUUUUCACUUUCGGUUCUGGCAUUUCGGUGACUGGGUGGAUGUGGUAGUCGAUGAUCGUCUCCCCACCAAUGAAAGGGGUCAGCUGAUUUUCGUCAGGUCAUGUGACUGGAAUGAGUUCUGGUGUGCUCUGAUGGAGAAGGCCUACGCUAAGCUGUAUGGAUCAUACGGAGAUUUGCACAUGGGUCAGAUUUCAGAAGCACUGGUGGAUUUCACUGGCGGGGUUAAAUCUGUCAUCUCCCUGAAGAACCCCCCCUUGGAUCUCUGGAAGAUGCUGAAAAGAGCCAUUAGCCUGGGCUCCUUCAUGGGCUGUAGCACCCCCUCAGUGCAAUCUGGAGAACAAGUGCUCUCAAACGGUCUGGUGCUGACUCACGCAUAUUCAAUAACAGGGGUUGAAGAGGUGCGGUACAAAAACCGAAUGGAGUUGUUGAUCCGAGUGCGGAAUCCAUGGGGGAAUGAAACAGAAUGGAAAGGGCGCUGGAGUGACCAUUCUGAGCAGUGGAACCGCAUUGAUCCUGACAUCAAGAAACAACUCCUAUUGAAUCGGGAGGAUGGAGAGUUCUGGUAA